AUGUACAGUCGAACAGAGAGCGCUCGCAAAGUGUACUUCCGUCAUUGUCCAGCCCCCUACUUGGACCACAACUACCGCUAUCCCCUAAUUUAUCGAGAACUUCUUGCCUACCAAGGGGAUAUUCUCUGCUUGCAGGAGGUGGAUACUACCCACUUUCAACAGCGUCUUAGUCACUACCUUCAGGAGGCUGGUGGUUAUGAGGGUCGCUUCAUCUCCAAGCUCUCUAUUGAUGCGUCCGAUGCGAUAGAGGCUUUGCCUGCUGUUCAGCCUAUUGAAACCUUCGAAAGAAAGGUGGGUUUUAAAGGGCUGUAUUCUUUUGCUAUUCACAUUUAUUUACCUUUGUAA